AUGGUGGCGUACGCCGCGGCCGUAGAUGCUCUGAGCGAGCGCGCCGCCGUGAUGAGGGAAUCGAUGCUGAAAACUCAGACCAUCGCAGAUAACAUGGUCGCAAUCCUCGGCUCCUUCGACCGCCGCCUCUCCGCCCUCGAGACCGCCAUGCGCCCCACACAGCUGAAAACGCAUUCGAUCAGGAGAGCGCACGAGAAUAUCGACAAGACGCACAAGGCUGCUGAGCUCAUUCUGGAACAAUUUGAUCGCUCGCGCAAGGCCGAAGCUAAGAUAUUGAGGGGACCUCAUGAGGAUUUGGAGAGCUUUCUAGAAGCAGUGGAUCAACUUAGGAGCAUUGUUCGCUUUUUUACUGGAAACAAAGGCUUCCAGGGUAGUAUUGAGCUGGUUAAUCAAGCCAAUGCUUUACUAACCAAAGCAAUUGCCAAACUAGAGGAAGAAUUCAGACAGCUUCUCACCUCAUACAGCAAGCCUGUAGAACCUGAUCGACUUUUUGACUGCCUGCCAAACUCCAUGAGACCAUCAACAGGGUCACCACGUGAAAGAGAAUUGAGUGGAAAAAAGACUUCUGACCAAGAAAAAAAUACAGAAAAUACUGUCUAUCAACCCCCAUCUCUAAUUCCACCACGACUUUUGCCCUUACUUCACUCUAUGAUUCAGCAAAUGAUACCAGCUGGCCACAAAAAGCAGGUCUUCAUUAUAUAUAGGGAAGCACGGUCUGCAGCCCUUGAGCAAACUUUAAAGAAACUUGGUGUUGAAAGACUUAGUAAAGAGGACGUGCAAAAGAUGCAGUGGGAAGUUCUAGAGGCAAAGAUAGGAAACUGGAUUCAUUUCGUGCGGGUUUCUGUCAAGCUUUUGUUUGCCGGGGAGAAGAAAUUGUGUGACGAGAUUUUCGAAGGUCAUGAUAAUCUUAGGGACCAGUGUUUUGCCAAGGUCACAGCAAAUAGCAUGGCGGUUCUCCUCAGUUUUGGUGAAGCAAUUACGAAGAUCAAAAGAUCACCCGAAAAGCUGUUUGUCCUCCUUGACAUGUACGAGAUUAUGCGAGAACUUCAGCCGGAGAUGGAUGCCAUAUUUAGAAGCAAAUUCUGUGGCGAAAUGCGGGAAGCCUUCGUGGUCCUUACAAAACGACUGGUCCAGACAGCACAAGAAACAUUUGGUGAUUUUGAAGAAGCAGUUGAAAAAGACGCCACAAAAACUACCGUUCUUGACGGAACAGUCCACCCCCUGACGGGCUAUGUGAUUAACUACGUCAAAUUUCUAUUUGACUAUCACUCAUCUAUGCUACAACUCUUUAGAGAGUUUCAUGAAGCUAAUGCAGAGGAGCAGCUGGCGAGUAUAACCACCCGGAUAAUGCAUGCUCUUCAGACGAAUCUGGAUGGGAAAUCUAAGCUGUAUAAAGAUCCCGCUUUGACCCAGCUGUUUCUGAUGAACAAUAUGCACUUCAUUGUAAGAUCCGUUCGCAGGUCUGAAGCAAAGGAUCUGUUGGGCGAUGAUUGGGUUCAGAUACAUAGACGAGUAGUCCAGCAACAUGCUAAUCAGUAUAAAAGGAUUGCUUGGUCUAAGAUUCUUCAGUGCCUAACUAUUCAGGGGGCGCAGUCAGGCGGCAGCAGCUCAUUCUCGGAAAUUGGCAGCACAUCGAGUGUUUCGAGAGCAAUGGUGAAAGACAAGUUCAGAAACUUCAACGUGCUGUUUGAGGAGAUUCACCAGAGGCAGUCCCAAUGGACAGUCCCCGACAGCGAAUUACGAGAAUCUCUGAGGCUAGCGGUUGCUGAGGUUCUACUGCCCGCGUACAGGUCUUUCAUUAGACGAUUCGGGCCUAUGAUUGAGGGUGGGCAAAACCCACAAAAGUACAUCAGAUAUAGCCCAGAAGAUCUGGAAAGUAUGCUGGCCGAUUUAUUCGAAGGCAAGACCUUGAACGAACCAAGACGCUUAUGA